CAGCUGUGAAUGCAUACAUCAGGGCAUCAGCUGUUGGAGGUGAUAGACACAGAUUUCGAAAUUCCAGAAAUGCUUCUUCAUUCCAUCCAACGACGUGGUUUUACUACAACCAGUCAGCUGACAUCCUUUGCUCGCUGGUACCGCGGGCUCUGGGAAAAAGGUCCGCUAAACGAACCGCCGUAUAAUCAUGUAACUCAAAUCGGUGAUCCUGUACUGAGACAAAAAUCGAGUUUAGUACCACCGGAAGCUGUUACGUCUCCCGAAGUUCGCUUGCUCGUGAAACUUAUGACGGAUGUAAUGCGAAAAUACGAUUGCGUUGGAUUGGCCGCACCACAGAUAGGAAUUUCACUAAGAAUUUUGGUGAUGGAAUUCAAAGAAAAGCUGCGAGAUGAGUAUACGAGUAUAGAGUACAAAACUAGGGAAAUGAAUACCUUGCCUCUAACGGUUUUCAUCAAUCCCGAACUAAAAGUAACAAACUUUGAAAAGAAGAUCUUUCCAGAGGCAUGUCAAAGUGUGCGAGGUUACAGUGCGGAAGUGCCGAGGUAUUCGGGAGUUCUGCUUCGAGGACUUGAUGAAAAUGGUUUCCAAAAAGAAUUGUCGCUGAAAGGAUGGAACGCACGUAUAGCUCAGCACGAGAUGAAUCACUUGAAUGGAAUCAUUUAUACAGAUAUUAUGAACCGAAAAACUUUUACAUGUACUUGUUGGCAAGCGGUCAAUGCGAACCGUGGACGAGUGAGUAUCGGUUUUCAUAAAAAAUAAUGUUUGUAUAAUAAGAAU